CAGCCACAAAGAAGACAAACAAUAACAACAACAACCACAACAAGAACCGCAACAACAACUACAACAACAAAAGCCGCCCUCCCACCCAAAAAAAAAAAGAAAAAAAAAAAAUAUUUGAUACUAACGAAAAAGAGAGAAGAAAAUAUACAGAAAGAACUGACUACUGUGGCUAAAGCGAAUAAAAGAAGGAAGAAAACAGAAGAGGAAGCAGAGGAUGCAAGUGGAAUUAUAACUGCAAGGCUAUCAAGUUGCGAGAGAGCGCCAAAUUAUCCAAGAGAGUGACAAAGAGAGAGUGUAAUAUACAUAUAAACUUACACAAAAUACACAGACACAAGACAACAACAAAAAAGUUAUACAGCAGCUGGCAGCUGAGAGCGCUGAGCGCCAACCAUAUAACAUAAGAGAGAGUAACAAAAUAAAUAGAGAGAACGUGAGGGAGAGAGCGCCGAUCGAUACGCACGCAAUAUAUAUAUAUAUACAAAUAUAUCGAUAAAUUAUCUUCCGUUACCUUCAAAAGCGCUGGUAAAGGGCACUGAGAGUAUUUUUUGUUUAUUUUAAAAAAAUACUCGUGCACACACACUCUCAGGAUAUGUACGGCAACAAUAAUCCGGGUAGUAACAAUAAUAACGGUGGUUAUCCCCCAUACGGUUACAACAAGUCGAGACAUCAUCUCUUUCCACAGCCGAGCAGCAUUAUCAAGCGAUCUCAACAGCGAUACCGACAGACAGAAACGUUUAGUUAGUAUGUCGUGAGGUUACAAUUUUUUUUAUUUAAAUUUUACAUAUUAUUUUGUACAUAUAUGUAUAUGAAAUAUAUAUAUAUAUAAAGAAACUGGUGUGAUAACUCACUCUGUGACGCAACAACAAAAUGUUCCUUAAACGAAGACGCCGGCAACGCCUCGGUGGGCGUGUAUUUGGCAUGUCACAUUCACUGCCAUCAGGAAUGUCACGUUAUGCGUUCUCACCACAGGACACAGAAUUUACAUUUCCAAGUUCCUCGUCCCGUCGCGGUUACAAUGAUUUCCCAGGCGGUAAUGGCGGUAGCGCCAAUUCCCUUGGCGGCAACAUCUGCAAUAUGCCGCCAAUGGCCAGCAACAAUUCGCUGAACAAUCUAUGCGGUCUAUCGAUUGGCAGCGGUGGCAGCGAUGAUCAUAUGAUGAACGAUCAACGCAACAAUAGCAACACCAAUUUGAUAGUCAACUAUCUGCCGCAGGAUAUGACUGAUCGCGAACUGUAUGCGCUAUUCAGAGCCAUUGGACCCAUCAACACGUGCAGAAUCAUGAGAGACUAUAAGACUGGCUACAGUUUUGGUUAUGCUUUCGUGGACUUCACAUCCGAAAUGGACUCGCAGCGUGCUAUUAAAGUGCUCAAUGGCAUCACAGUGCGCAACAAGCGGCUAAAGGUUUCAUAUGCGCGUCCUGGCGGUGAAUCCAUCAAGGAUACCAAUCUGUAUGUGACCAAUCUGCCGCGCACGAUAACCGAUGAUCAGCUGGACACCAUUUUUGGCAAAUACGGUUCCAUUGUGCAGAAGAAUAUAUUGCGUGAUAAGCUCACCGGUCGCCCAAGGGGCGUGGCAUUUGUACGCUACAACAAACGCGAGGAGGCACAGGAGGCAAUCUCGGCGCUGAACAAUGUCAUACCGGAGGGAGGAUCACAGCCGUUGUCGGUGCGUCUGGCCGAGGAGCAUGGCAAGGCAAAGGCGGCGCAUUUCAUGUCCCAAAUGGGCAUGGGACCACCGCAGGCACCACCACCACCACCUCCACCACCAGCGCACAUGGCCGCUGGCUUCAAUAAUAUGGUUCACAGAGACGGAGCAAUGGAAAAAUUACGCUCAUUAUUCGAUGCUAUUUGCGAUGCUAUCUUUGGUCUCGAUAGUGAGAACUUUGCCGAUUUGCUUGAUGGACUGUACCGCCGGAAGUAUCAUUAUCCCUACUUAUAAUUGACGCCGCAGCAGCAGCAGCAACUGCAAUUCUAUCAGCAGGCGUGCGGCUUUAAUUCCAACAGCAACAACAACAACCUAAGCAGCAGCAGCAGCAACAUCAACAGCAGCAGCAGCAACAACAGCAACAAUCACAUAAGUCAGAACAUCAGCAAUAUGUUACAAUAUCAUUCACAUUACCAUCAACAACAACAACAACAACAGCAACAGUCGCCACACCAUCUCAACAAUAACAGCAACAGCAACAACAACAAUGGUCAGCUGCCACGCCUGAGCAAUGCCGCCGCUGCACAACAACAACAACAGCCACAACAACAGCAACAACAACAGCAACACAGUAGCAACAAUCAUUACACACACAGCAGCAAUGCACAACGCCAGCAACAACAGCAACACAAUCCAUCGCUCAGCUACAACCAACAACAAUUGCAGUUGCCACGACAGCAA